AUGGUCCCGAUGAACCGGGUGCCGGUGAUGGAAGGACGAAGACCAAGGCCUCUCAGCUCGGUGAUGGUCCACGGCCAUCCGGCCUCCAAUGCAGCCGAAGAGCAAGCACAAAGCGAAGCCGACGCCGCCUUCCGAACCACCGCCAAACUGGCACAACCGCGCCGAAAGUUCCCAGGACCGCGUGGAGCAGUCUUGACCAAUGCAGACCUCUACGACGAUGCUGGCACGCAGCGGGCCCCAUGGAGAUCUCAGAAAGCUGGUGGCAAGAGACAGCUAGCCAAAGGCACAUGGAAAGAACAGAAGACUAAGAGGAAAGUGGAGUACGCUGGGGACUCGCCACCUGCACAGAGAAGGAAAAGUUGGAGCACUGACAACUGGGUUGGUCACGAAGGGCGCGUUUCCGAACGGGGUGAUUCAAGCUGGGACGGCCCGAGCCAUCAGAGAGGGUAUCGCCAUGCAAAGCCCAUGGACGAGGAUUGGUCGCAGUGGAAAGCUUGGAAAGAUGCGGGUACCUGGCGAGGAAGCUCUUCCAGCUCCAACAGAGGUUGGAGCUGGAAGCGCCGCUGA